CGGCACGCUGAAACCCUAAGCCCUUCUCGCCGCCAUUGCCAUUCGGAAGAGGGAGAAGGAGGAGAUGGGGCGAGUCACAGGUGGAGCGGCGCCGGCCAAGGGUGGCAAGAAGAAGGGGGCGGCGGUGUUCGUCAUCGAUUGCGCCAAGCCCGUGGAGGACAAGAUCAUGGACAUCGCGUCCUUGGAGAAGUUCCUCCAAGAGCGCAUCAAGGUCGGCGGUGGGAAGCCUGGUGCUUUUGGUGAUGCCAUCACUGUGUCCCGUGAGAAGACCAAGAUCACCGUCACCUCCGAAGGCCCUUUUUCCAAGAGGUACUUGAAGUACUUGACCAAGAAGUACUUAAAGAAGCAUAACGUUCGUGAUUGGCUGCGAGUCAUAUCCUCCAACAAAGACCGGAAUGUUUAUGAGCUGCGGUAUUUCAAUAUUGCAGAGAAUGAAGGAGAGGAAGAAGAGUAAUUAAUUUCCUUUCUGAGCAUUUAGUUCACUGAGUUGAUAUAUUCAUGGUUUAGAAGACUUAUUUUAAGAUAAUUUGCUUCUCCUCUUUGUUACUGUACUUUUCUAAAUUUAUUUUUGAUCUUGUUUUUUUAAAACUUCAUCUAUGAGUGAAUUUUAAAAUUGGACAACAUUUGCA